AUGUCGACGGCCAAGAAGGCGUUCUUCGACGCGGGCACGCGCGAGUACAAGUACUCGCAAGAGAUCUCGCAGAUGAUGUUCGUCUUCGGCGAGGUGCAGGACCCGAACCCGGAGACUGUCAAUUUGGUCGAGGAUAUCAUCCGGAGCCAGAUUAUUGAGCUUAUCGUACAGGCGCGCGCGCUGGCUACGCGCCGGGGUGCACGAUACUUGUCCGCGGAAGACCUCAUCUUUCUUAUUCGCCACGAUCGAGCGAAGGUCAAUCGACUGAGAACAUAUUUAUCCUGGAAAGACGUUCGGAAGCACGCAAAGGACUCCGGAGGGGAUGGUGGUGGCGGUGUUGAGGUCGAGAACCUUGAGGACGGUGCAGACGACAAACUCACAGCCAAGGCUCAGAAGAUCACCAUCAAGCUGCCCUGGGAGAUUAUGACAAUAUACUCAGACGUUAUACAGACCGACGACGAAGAGGACGAGGACGACAUUGAGGCACACGAGGCCUCUGUCCAGCGUCUCAAAGAGGCGGACGACGCUACGCGACAGAUGACACGAGAAGAGUACCAGCAUUACUCCGACUGCCGACAAGCCUCCUUCACCUACCGCAAGGCGAAGCGCUUCCGCGAGUUCCUCAACCUCCCAGUAUCACUCGACCUCAAGCAGAAUGAUGACACCGUCGAUAUCGUCGGUUUCCUCGCCUUCGAAAUGGUGCGCUCUCUGACGAUCGCCGGUUUGGAAGUCAAGAAGUCGCUAGAGGAGUCGUACCUGCGCGAGGUCGUGCACACCGCCUCGCCCGUACUGGGCAAGCGGAAGGCCGGCGGGGGGCUUGGUGGGGACUCGAAGCGGAUGCGCAGGGAGGACUCUCCGGACAGGGACAACGAAUCGCCACUUCCGACGUGUUCGCUAUUCCUUCCACCUCCCGAAGCGCGAACAGCGUUACGGCCGGAACAUAUCCAGGAUGCCUUCGGCAGGAUGCAGACUGACUGGGCGCACCGCCGCUCAGCUGGUAUGCGCAACUGGAGGGGUGGCCUUGUUCGGACUACUGUCAGCCUCAUCUAG